AUGAAGUUUAACACAGCUUUGAUUGUUGCCGGAACCAUACUUCUCAACAUAGCAGGUUCCCUCGGCCAGUUAGAUGAGUGUGGUCAAGCCCCCCUCAACACCAAGAUUGUUGGAGGGGAGGCUGCAACGGCAGGGGCUUGGCCUUGGCAAGUCAGCCUUCAUAUCACCUGUAAUGGGAAUCUGUGUUAUUGUGGCGGGAGUCUGAUCAAUAAAGACUGGGUUUUAUCGGCAGCUCACUGCUUGCAGGGAUUUGGUACAUCUGAUAUUAUGAUGUACUUCGGGCACCUGAGACGAUCUGGCUUAAACCCUCAUGAGACAAACAGGACAGCGAGUCGAAUUAUCAUUCAUCCUACCUAUAACAAUCCUAAACAUGACAAUGACAUAGCACUGCUCCAGCUCUCCUCCUCAGUGACGUUCACUGAUUACAUUAGGCCAGUCUGUCUGGCAGCUGCUGGUAGUAAAUUUGCUGCAGGUACAGAGACCUGGGUCACUGGAUGGGGCAAGCUACAGUCUGGAGGUUCGUUUCCUGACAUACUGCAAGAGGUGCAGGUACCAGUUGUGAGCAACAGUGACUGUUAUAAUGCUUAUGGAGGGCUCGUCACAAACAACAUGAUUUGUGCUGGAUUGAUAAAAGUGGGGGGCAAAGGUCCAUGUCACGGCGACUCUGGAGGUCCAAUGGUCAGUAGGAACGGCUCCCUGUGGAUUCAGUCUGGCAUUGUGAGUUUUGCUUGGGCCAAAUGUGAUGACCCCAGAUAUCCCGGUGUGUACGCUAGAGUCUCUCAGUACCAGGACUGGAUCAUCACUAACAUAGCCAGCAACCCACCUAGAUUUGUCGAAUUCAACAACUAUGGAUUCAGAAGUUCAUUCAACCUUUUUUUAUUUUCCAUUUCUCUCACAUUCUCCGUCAUUCCUUUCACCUUCUCCCUCUAUCGCUCUACCUAA